UAAUGACAUCAGUGGAAACGGAGGCAGUGCCACACGAACACACUGCCGCUGCGCACAUCGCAGGCAGGUGAGACACUGACGUCGGGUCGGAUGUAGACGGCCGUACAAUAAACCCGCUCCUUUGCUCUGCCGGGAUACAUCGCUGCGUGAGGAUUGCUCGUAGAAAGUGAGCGAAAAUUCAGGAUGGUGAUAAAAUGAUGGUUGGACCGAGAGAGCAGUCCGUUGAAGGGAUCGUCCUCCUUCAACGCCAGACGGUGAAAUAACAAACUUCCACGCAACAACCGGAAAUGGCGAGUGAUCGGGUGGCCAUCCUUACGGAUGAUGAGGAAGACCAGAAGAGGAAAUAUGUUCUGUCUGAACCAUUUAACACUCUGUCCCUGGGGCAGGUGGCAAACACUACACCAUCCGGUCAAACCGGACCGCCUGCCCCCACUGACACACUCCCUUCUCAGCCCUCUCAGAAUAUGGACUGCACAGAGAGGUGCUGUGCGCGAAUAGACAAUCAUCUCUUGAUUUCCAAGGUCUUUUACUUCUUCUUUUACUCCGCAUAUGGCUCUUUACACCCCCUUCUUGCUGUGUACUACAAGCAGCUGGGAAUGACACCGAGCCAAAGUGGCCUGCUAGUCGGGAUCCGUUAUUUUAUAGAGUUCUGCAGUGCGCCUUUCUGGGGAGUAGUGGCGGACCGCUUCAAGAAAGGGAAGGUGGUGUUGCUGUUUUCUGUACUCUGCUGGGUGGUCUUUAACUGCGGUAUCGGCUUUGUCAAGCCAGCAGCUAUGACCUGUAUCAGUAAGGACCCUACUGCUGUGACACCAAGCAAUUUUACAAACUAUACGCAAGCUGGUAAUCGUACCAGACAAAGAAGAUACUUGAUUGAGGAUAUGUACUCUGCUCAACUUUCUCAGCCAAUAUUAGCAGAACAUGGACCUCACUUUAGAUACAUUCGAAGUGCAAAUGUAAAUACCACAAGCACUCCCUCUGGAAACCCCACAGAGAGUCCUGUCAGCAUUGCCAUGCCGUCUAACUCGACAAUGGCGUCGCCCCGUGCCUCGACGGCCACGUCUAAAUCUACCUCGACAACUGAAACACAAGCUACCACUGCCAAACUCAAAGAGUAUUUCAUAGUCUUUAAUAAGGACCAAGUAGAUACUAUAUUUCUCUUGAUCCUCUUGGUCAUUAUCAUAGGUGAGUUCUUCAGCGCCCCGGCUGUGACCAUCGUAGAUACCGUCACUCUUCAGUACUUGGGACAACACAGAGAUCGUUAUGGACUUCAGAGGAUGUGGGGAUCUCUGGGAUGGGGUAUCGCGAUGCUGUCAGUGGGUAUUUGGAUCGACCACACGCACAUCACAAUCUUCAUCCAGGGCUCGGGGUGUGAUCCCCCCAUCUAUAAAAAUUACCAAAUUGCGUUUAUAGUUUUUGGAGUCCUGAUGACCUCAGCGCUGAUAGUGGCAACUCAGUUCCACUUUGACAACAGGGUUUAUCAGGCAGAUGAGGAAGAGGACAAGAAGGAGGAUGUGGAAAUUCCUCAAGUUGUUCAGGAAGUCUCAUCUCCAGAGUCCAGCCCAGAUGAUGCACCCGUCUGCCCAGAAAGCAACUCGCAGCCUUUUCCCUUCAAAGAUCUUUUUCGGAUAAUUUGUGGCGUCCGCUAUGGUACAGUUCUGUUUGUGGCCUGGUUCAUGGGGUUUGGUUACGGUUUCGUGUUCACCUUCCUCUACUGGCAUUUGGAGGACCUCAAGGGCACCACCACUCUCUUUGGCAUCUGCUCAGUGCUCAGUCACGUGUCUGAGCUGGCCGCUUAUUUCAUCAGCCACAAACUCAUUGAGCUUGUCGGACACAUCAGAGUCCUUUAUAUUGGACUGGCCUGUAACACUGCACGCUAUCUGUACAUCUCCUACCUGGAGAAUGCUUGGAUAGUUUUACCCAUGGAGGUGCUUCAAGGUUUGACGCAUGCGUCAGUGUGGGCGGCGUGCAUCUCGUAUUUGAGCGCUGCUGUUCCUCCAGCUCUGCGCACGUCGGCUCAGGGGAUCCUGCAGGGGCUGCACCUGGGUCUGGGCAGAGGCUGCGGAGCCAUGCUCGGAGGGGUUUUUGUCAACUUCUUCGGUGCCGCAGAAACCUUCAGAGGCCUCGGAAUGGCCUCUCUGGUCACAUUAAUCAUCUUCUCUCUGAUACAGUGGCUGUUAGGUCAGAACGAGGAGAAAAAGGGCUCGAUGUUGGCUGAAAACAUCCCAGUUCCCUCCAGCCCAGUGCCCAUCGCCACUAUUGACUUAGUUCAGAACCAAUCCUCAUCUCGGCCAAACCCUGAAUCCAAGACUCCAAAGAAAACCAGGCAUCAAGAAGAACAAGAAGAUCCCAACAAACCCGCCUGGGUGGUCUCUGCCUCCCCCUGGGUCACCAUCGCUUUUGCCCUCUGUCAGAUCAGAGAUAUGGUGGCUUUGUCAAAGAACGGCCCCUGUGGUGAAAUUCAAGCCCCGCAGGGGAAAGGUGAGAAAAUCUGUCUUUGCAAUUUGAUUUUUUUUACAUAAAAAUGCAUGCAGUCCUGUCAGUCUGGUAUUGCAUUUCUUCUCUCAUUCUUAAUGUACUCUUGGAUAAUUUUCACAAGGCUUACUAACACCACUGUACAACUCACUUCUUACCAAAAAAUAAAUGCUUUUCUGCUGUCAGUUUUGUUUGUCUCCUUUUAAAACAUACUUCUUCGACUACUUCGUGUCCAAAUUUCUCUUCUCUGCAUAAGAGUAUUACGUGUCGAGGCUUAAGCUGAACCUCUUUUACUGUAACGUCCACUGAAAUAUUUGUGCAUUUAAAUUUUUGAGCAAAUGUUUAAAAUCAGGAAAUAUUGUUAAAUGGGCGUCUGCGUGUGUGAGUUUGUCACAUUGUAUGUGAUUAGAUGACUUAAAUGACAAACAAAAACUAAACUGGAAAGUAAACAUAAAUUUUAUUAUAAGCGGUGGCUCAUAUUUGAAGUCAAACAAACGCUUGGUUGGGGAGUCUCACGAAAUAUGACAAGAACACAUCCAGGUGGUAUUUCACCCAGCACGCUCUAUUUUUGGGGAUCUUUAAACCACUGGUUCUCAAAGUUUGAUAAAAAAAAUGUAUUAUUUAAACUAUUAAGUAUUAAUGAAUCAUAGUUAAUAAUUUUUUAUUUUAGUUUAAAUACUGUAUUAAAUACUGUAUUUUUACUUUAACCUUAACUCUAUGAAGAUAAGCGAGAAGCAAUAAAUCUAGAUAUAAGAUAUUGAUAACUGAGGAAAGGUUCUUUUAGAGAACCACUUUAUCAUCAGUUGAUUGUUUUUGUGAUUCUAAAACGUUAAUACAAUUAUAUUUACAAUACAAAACAUCAUACAAUAAGGCCUUUUUAUAUAACUGUUAACUUUAUUCUAAUUUAACAUUUAAAUUCUGGUGUAAAAUGUGAUUUAAACAUUUAAAGUAAUGCUCUAGCGCACCCUUUAACAAACAAAGCCUCGCCUCAGUCAUUUAUUUUAAAUGUUCAACCUUUGUUUUCCUCUUGUAGGAGACAAAUGAGCAAACCUCAGUGACGCCAUCUGCUGAUGAAUCCACAUCCUCGCAAGCCGAUACAUUAAGUCCAGCGGAGUACCUCUCCCAAGGACCCACAACAAGUGCAUUCAUUCCUCAAAACUCACACCCUGUCCGUCC